ACAGCAUGUGAUGAGUGGUCAGUGCUGUCCAGACCAGACCUCCACCAUGAUGUCAACCGGUUCGGACACACAGCCAUCUACAGUGACAGUGUAAUGUACGUGUUCGGGGGGUUCAACAGUCUCCUGCUGAGUGACAUUCUGAUGUAUACGCCAGCCAGCUGCUCCAGUGCUCCUAACGCUGCCGUCUGUGCAGCAACCUGGCUGGGGGUUCACUGCCUCUGGAAUGCUACCCUAGAGACCUGCCUGCCUUGGGACGCGAACCCUGGAUUCCUGGAUGAGCAGACCGCCUCCUGUGGAACCAGAACAUAUGCUGACAACGAUCGUUGUGACCACUACACGGACUGUUACAGCUGUACAGCCAAUACUAACGGCUGUCAGUGGUGUGCUGUUCAGUGUGUCUCCGUGAGCUCCAACUGCACGGCCGUCACGGGGGCCAUAGUGGAGUAUGGUGUCUGCCCCAAAGACAACCCAUCAUAUGUCUGCAACAAGAAGACCAGCUGUAAGAGCUGUGGGGUGGACCAGAACUGCCAGUGGGAACCUCGAAACCAGGAGUGUAUCGCUCUACCAGAGAAUAUAUGUGGUGAGAACUGGCACCUGGUUGGUAACUCGUGUCUAAAGUUCAUCACAGCCAAGGACUCAUACGAUAAUGCCAAGCUGACCUGUCGGGGUCACAACGCCGCCCUGGCCUCACUGACCAAUCAGAAGAUGGUGGACUUCGUCCUUAAAGAGCUGCAGAUCAUGAGCGUUCUGUACAAGGCCUCGGUGACGCCGUGGGUGGGGCUGAGGAAGAUCAACGUCUCCUAUUGGUGCUGGGAAGACAUGUCACCCUUCACUAACACCUCCCUCCAGUGGUUGCCGGGGGAACCCAGCGACGCCGGUUUCUGUGGUUACCUAGCCGAGCCGGCUUCCAGCGGCCUUAAGGCCCAGACCUGCAUCAACCCUGUUAACGGAUCACUGUGUGAACGAGCAGCCAAUCACAGUGCCAAGCAGUGUCGGACGGCGUGUGCCAUGCGGGCUACGUGUGCUGAGUGUACCAGCAGCAGCUCUGAGUGUAUGUGGUGCAGCAACAUGAAGCAGUGUGUGGACUCUAAUGCUUACGUAGCCUCCUUCCCCUUCGGACAGUGUAUGGAGUGGUACACUAUGAACAGCUGUCCACCUGAGAACUGUUCUGGGUACAGGACGUGUGGCCAGUGUCUGGAGCAGCCGGGCUGCGGUUGGUGUACAGACCCCAGUAAUACUGGGCGUGGCCAGUGCAUCGAGGGGUCCUAUAGGGGGCCGUUCCAGACUGCUGUCCCCGCUCCCUCCACCCUGCCUGGCCCCACCUCUAGUCCCGCCUCCCAGCCGGCUCUCAACAUCAGCAUGUGUCCUUACGACACUAAGUACACCUGGAGCUUUAUACGCUGUCCAGCGUGCCAGUGUAACGGCCACAGUCAGUGUAUUAAUCACAGUGUAUGUGAGAAGUGUGAGGACCUGACAACAGGGCUCCACUGUGAGAGCUGCACCUCUGGUUACUAUGGAGACCCCACCAACGGGGGCAGCUGCCAACCGUGUAAGUGUAACGGCCAUGCCAGUGUGUGUAACCCUAACAACGGGAAGUGUUUCUGCACCACCAAGGGCAUCAAAGGAGACCGCUGUCACCUGUGUGAGGUGGAGAACCGUUACCAGGGCAAUCCUCUGAAAGGAACGUGUUACUGUAAGUGGAACUCACACUGA